AUGGUUAUGGAGGUUGACGAGCCAGCGGGUACUUCCAUGGAUACGUCUGAACCAUUUGAGAAUGGAGUUGAUUGGAGGUUCAGUCAAGUAAAAGGAAAUAUAGAUAGCGAAGAUUCUCACACAGAAGCUGACAUAAUUUCGUGUGUUGAAUUCUCCCAUGACGGCGAAUAUUUAGCCACCGGUGAUAAAGGAGGACGGGUAGUAAUUUUUCAACGUGAUCAGAGUGGAAAGUAUGUGAAUGGAUCACGGUCUCGCGAGUAUAAUGUCUAUUCAACAUUCCAAUCUCACGAACCUGAGUUCGAUUACUUGAAGUCUUUAGAAAUUGAGGAAAAGAUUAAUCAAAUUAAGUGGCUGAAGAAGAAGAACGCAGCCAACUUCAUUCUUUCCACAAAUGAUAAAACCGUCAAGUUAUGGAAAAUCAGUGAGAGAGAGAGAAAAGUAGAAGACGAAGCUUGGAAUGUACCUCGAGUUGGAAGGUUCCGCGGAGGCUUGCAAAUCCCCCAAAUUGUUAAUAUGGAAUUAAUAGUUGAAGCCAGUCCGAGAAGAGUCUAUGGAAAUGCACACACUUAUCAUGUUAAUAGUAUUAGUGUUAACUCUGACCAGGAAACGUUCCUAUCGGCCGAUGAUCUUAGAAUUAAUCUGUGGCAUCAUGAAAUUACAAAUGAAUCAUUUAAUAUUGUUGAUAUUAAACCUGUUAAUAUGGAGGAGUUGACAGAAGUAAUAACUGCAGCUGAAUUCCACCCUCGUUCUUGCAAUUGGUUUGUAUAUUCAUCCAGUAAAGGUUCUAUUAGAUUAUGUGAUAUGAGAGAUCGUGCUUUAUGUGACUCGCAUGCUAAAUUGUUUGAGGAGGCAGAAGACCCAGAUACCAGAUCUUUCUUUUCUGAAAUUAUCGCUAGUGUUUCGGAUAUAAAAUUCUCACAUGAUGGAAGAUAUCUAUUGACUAGAGAUUAUUUAACGGUUAAAGUUUGGGAUUUAAAUAUGGAAAGUAGGCCCAUCGAAACCUAUCCUGUUCACGAGCACUUACGAACAAAACUUUGUGCAUUAUAUGAAAAUGAUUCCAUUUUUGAUAAAUUCGAGUGCAGUUGGAGUGGUGAUGAUAAACACAUUCUGACUGGUUCUUAUCAUAAUUUGUUCCGUACCUACGCCAGAGGAAAUGUUGAGUCAAACACGUGGGAAGCACGUCCUCAAGAACCCCACUCUAUACUGCGCACUCGUCGAGUAACAACAUCGACAGGCCGGAAACGUACCAUUCGAGAAGUACCGUCCACGGACGAAGAUUUAGCACAUGAUUCGCUGGACUUCAAUCGAAAGAUAUUGCAUACAGCUUGGCACCCGAAAGAGAACAUCAUUGCUUUGGCAGCCACAAAUAAUCUCUAUAUCUUCUCUGACAAAUAA